AUGGAGGAAGAACUGGAAGUCAGCUCCCAUGCGGUUUUUGGUGGUUUGAAACAUAUUGGAACGAUCAAAAAGCUAGAAAAGUGGGAGCCUAAAGAGUUCAACGAUUGGAUUGUCACGUCUGAUGGAAAGUGGAACCUCUACGAUAACAGGAGACGUUCUAGACAGUGGUUGGGCACCGAUGAGCCAACCAGGAACUUCCCUAUGGCAAAAACCCAUAAAAAAACAACCAUGGUUACUGUAUGGCGGUAUUCACUGGAGUAUUACAGUUUGAAGUAUACCAAAGAAGAAGCUUCCGUUUCCACAGCCAGACUCCUGGGAGCCGUGGAAGACCUGACGAUGCCAAUCCAGGAUAUCCUAGACGAUUCCCAAUGGCGAUCAGAUAGAGGACAGCGCACAGCCUGGAACACCCCGAAGUCUCUUACCCCGGCCUAA